ACUAGGCGAAGUCUUAGACCACACGAACCUUCCCAAAUGAGCAGCCAAGAAGACAUGGUGAAAGUUUCCUCUUACAUUUCGUGGAGAGAGAUUCAGGUAGAGGAAUAGCCUUCCUGCCACCUACCUGAAGCAGAAGAAACCACUCACAGCUUCAAGACCAGGCCCGCCAUGUGCACCACCAGUGCGUGCGACCUGGAGGAGAUCCCCCUGGAGGAUGAUGACCCAAACAGCAUAGAGUUCAAAAUCCUGGAGUUCUAUGCCAAACACCAUGUCUUCAAGAACACGUCUUCUGUCUUCUCACCAAAGCUGCUGAGAACAAGAAGUUUGUCCCAGAGAGGACUGGGGAACUGGUCAGCAAACGAGUCAUGGACACAGCUGUCAUGGCCUUGCAGAAGUUCCCGAUCUAGUGAGAAGCUCAUAAACCUUGGCAAGAAAAAAUCCUCUUGGAGAACACUCUUUGGAGUAGCAGAGAAGGAUGAAGAUUCGCAGAGCUCGUCUGCAGAGAUCCAAGUGCAGGGGCAAAGGAGUGUGGAAUGUCAGGGUGGUCUUCACCCUCAGCAAUGGUCUAGGUCCCUUUCCAACGUGGAACAGCACCUAGAGGUCGAAGCUGCGGACCCCAAAGUUGCUUCCAUUGCCAACCGAGUUGCUGAAAUUGUUUAUUCCUGGCCACCUCCAGAAGAGCACACCCAAGGAGGAAGCAUCAAGUUAAAAGGGAAUCUUAUACCACAGAUUGCCUUCAUCUUAGAGGACCAGGGCCCCAAGCCUAGAGCUGCAAGUGCUAAGAAAGAUGGAGAUGACCAAGUAAUAGCCAAAAUCGUUGAGCUGCUGAAAUGCUCAGGGGAUCAGAUGGAAAGAGAGCUGAAGAAAGACAAGGCGUUGAUGAACAGCUUCCAGGACGGGCUGUCCUACUCUGUUUUCAAGACCAUCACCGACCAGUUCCUAAGGGGUGUAGAUACCAGGGGAGAAUCUGAGGUCAACGCUCGGGGUUUUAAAGCUGCUCUUGCAAUAGACGUCACGGCCAAGCUCACUGCUAUUGACAACCACCCCAUGAACAAGGUGCUAGGCUUUGGAGCCAAGUACCUGAGAGAGAACUUUUCGCCUUGGAUCCAGCAGCACGGUGGAUGGGAAAAAGUACUUGGGAUAGCGCAUGAAGAAGUAGACUGAAACAUCAGAAGAUGUGUAAUCUGGAACACUCAUUGGCCAACUGUGGUCCUGUGAACAUCGGUCUCAGCGUAGACUCCAGGAGAAAAUAAACGUGUACAAGGCAGAUGGAACGUUGAAUUUUCAAAAACCAUUAUUCCCACGAGUAUCUGGGGAGGCCUCGUCCAUGUCUAGUUCAUAGAUUGUAGUGGCAUGGCCCUGCCAUCCAUGUUUUCGGGCCUUCCAUGGAAUGCAUGAGGAAAUCUAGAGAGACAAGUGGUACUUUUCCCCUCAAAUGCUCAGAACCGAAACCAUCGUCCUGCCUCUGGUGGCCACCUUAGUGAAAGUGUGUUACAGAUAUUUGCCGACCUCAUGAAGGCAAAAUGAUAAACUGUGCAUGUACCUACUCUUUGGUUUCCAGUACUAUUUUUUAAACUGCACCUAAUGACAUUGUUUUGAGCCCACCUUUAGGAAGAUUCUCUGUUCAUGUUAGUAGACAGAGCUCAGAGAGACUCGGGUUUAUUACUGCAUCCACUGGUUUGGGAAAAUACCACCAUAUCUGCCUUUUUGACUCACAUCUCUGGGAGAAUUCUUUGGCAGUUGGAAAACCUUUCA